UCACAAACACCCCCCCAAGAUGUCAUCGUCCCGGCGCCAUUGCAGGAGAACCAGAGUUCCGCUACGUGGCUGGCAUGCACGGCAACGAGGCGCUGGGCCGGGAGCUGGUGCUCAACCUGAUGGAGUAUCUCUGCCAGGAAUACAAGCAGGGCAACCCUCGCGUCCGGAGGCUGGUCACCGAGACCCGGAUCCACCUGAUGCCCUCCAUGAACCCCGACGGUUAUGAGACGGCCUACAAGCUGGGCUCAGAGCUGGCUGGCUGGGCGAUGGGCCGAUGGACGUACGAAGGCUUUGAUCUCAACCACAACUUUGCCGACCUCAACACGGAGCUUUGGGACGCUGAGGAUGCCGAGCUGGUGCCCCACAAGUUCCCCAACCACUACAUCCCCAUCCCGGAGGCAUACACCUUCCCGAACGCCACGGUUGCCCCAGAAACCCGGGCGGUUAUCAGCUGGAUGCAGCGCUACCCCUUCGUGCUGAGCGCCAACCUUCACGGAGGGGAGUUGGUGGUGUCGUACCCCUUCGACAUGACCCGCACCUACUGGAAAGCCCAGGAGCUGACCCCCACCGCGGAUGACGCCGUCUUCCGAUGGCUGGCCACCGUCUACGCCACCUCCAACCUGGUGAUGGUAGACAGCGAACGGCGGCGGUGCCACUACGACGACUUCAUGCAGGAAGGAAACAUCAUCAACGGAGCCAACUGGCACACCGUGCCGGGAAGUAUGAAUGACUUCAGCUACCUGCAUACCAACUGCUUUGAGGUGACCAUCGAGCUCUCCUGCGACAAAUUCCCGCACGCUUCGGAGCUUCCCCAGGAGUGGGAGAACAAUAAGGAAUCCCUGUUGCUGUACAUGGAACAGAUCCACCGAGGGAUUAAGGGGAUCGUCCGGGACAAAGACACGGAGCAAGGCAUCGCUGAUGCCAUCAUUUCUGUUGACGGCAUCAACCACGACAUCAGGACAGCUUUCGAUGGGGACUACUGGCGCCUGCUCAACCCCGGCGAGUACGAAGUGACCGCCAAGGCCGAGGGCUACCACCCCGUCACCCGGACCUGCCACGUCUCUUACGAGAACAACCCCACCCUCUGCGACUUCCGCCUGACCAAGACCCCCAAGCAGCGUCUGCGAGAGAUCCUGGCCAAAGGCGGGAAGGUGCCCAAGGACCUGGCGCUGCGUCUCCGCCAGCUGCGUCUGCGCCAACUGCAGGCCCAGCGACAGGCCCAGUGAGGGCAAGGAAAGGCCACAAGGCAGCGCCCCGAGGAGGAUGCGGCUCUCGGGCCCUUCUUCCACCCGGGGUUCCUUUCGGUUUGGGGAGGCUUGCGAGAAUGCCGGCCCUCGGCCCCCCAAACGGUGAAUGUGCCUCCUGGACUUUCAAAAGAACCGAGAUAUUCUAGCCUGGCAUUUUAUGGAGAAAUAUGGUGAUAGCUUUGCAAAUACCUGAACGUUUCUCUUUCCUUCCUUCCGUCCUCUCCUUUUCCCGUCUUUCGUU